CGCGAUCGCAUGUAACAGCAGUAACAUUUACGCGGAAAUCGUGGAAGCAACGCAAUGAAUCAAAUCGGUGUUGCAGUUUUGCUUUUAUGCUGUUAUGCCUCGACUCUCGCUUACAUUAUCGAGGAUUGCGGUUCGGAAGGGGGUAAAUUCAACGAUAUGACAGUUUCGACGUGUGAUAAAUCAGAGGAAAAAUGCAGUUUUAUAAAAGGCGUCGAUAUAAAUGUGUCCAUCAAAUUUACACCAAACAAAGAUAUCUCAAAGCUUGAGAUGCUUUUAUAUGGUAUACUAUACGAUGUGACCGUGCCUUUUCCGGCACAGAAACCUGACGUGUGCAACGAUCCAGAUUCAGGGAUAACAUGUCCCUUGAAAAAGGAUGAGGAAGUUGAAUAUAAGACCACGUUUGUCUUGGAUAAACAAAUUCCUCCGGUGAGUGUCGACGUUAUGGUGGAAUUUGUAAAUGAAGAAAAGGAGAAGAUAAUAUGUAUAAGAUAUCCGGUAAAACUUAAGUAAAUAUGAUCGAAAUUAACAAUAAAGCAAAUCGCGGCAAAUAUAAUAGAAUGGAUUAUUGCAUUUGGACACCAAGAUGAUAUUGUAUAUAUGUUUCUGGAUGAUAGACUUUGCCACUUUUUCAACAACGCAUGUCGACGCAGACAUAAAUAUAUGAAUAUAUGAUGAAAAAAGA